AUGACGACCAGUUUCCUGAUCCCAACCCCGCAUUUCCACAUCGACCUCGCCGCUCUCGAUGCGCUCCACCCGGUUCACUACAGCCGCCGCCUUCUCAUCUUUCGCUGUGCUUCCCUCGCUCAGCGAGAUGCUCAACUGGCUGCCUUGAGGGUGGGUUUACAAGCCCUUGGCUUGCGUUGUGCCAUCUUGGGUGGUGUCGUCGCGCCGCUACCGUCUGCAGAGAUCGAUACCACUAAUGUCAAUCCGGACUGGCGCACAAUUCUCCCUGGCCAUGGAAUUGAGCUGGUAAUAAAGGACCUGCGGGCUACAUUGCCUUCUUUCGGAGAGCUUGAAUCCUCUGGGUUCCCGGUUGCCCGACUUCCCUAUGAUGUGCUUGUGCCUGUUCCUCAGGAUAUUGGCAAUGACCGCCCCUUUGCUGCAUGCAAGAUCCAGUUCAGCACAAUUGAAGGUGGUACUAUCCUUACGUGGGCCAUGUCACAUUGCGUGGCAGAUGGGAGUGGGAACAAUGAGCUGAUGCGAAUGCUGAGUGAAGCAACGAAGAUCGCGCAGGAGCGGACUACGGACAAUGUACUGGCCCUGGCUGCCGCCUCAACACAAUUGGGCCUGGACCGCAGCUUCAUGCGGAACGUGUCCAGUGAGAUCCCGUUCAAGAUAGAAGACCAUCCCGGAUAUAUGACGAAUGCGCCAACGCAGCCCCCUAGCCACCCGUUCGAGGCAACAUCGGCAGAGGUACCAGUCAGCUUCUAUAUCCCCGCGACUGGUGUGGCACAGCUGAAAGCAGAUGCAACACAGCCUGCCGCACCACCGAUUUCCACACACGAUGCAAUCUGCGCCCUCAUAUGGCGAAGUCUCAUCCUCGUACGCAGAGAACGCUCUGCCGCUGCAAGGGCCCUCCCCGGGUCCACCAAGACCAACCUUUUCAUGCCCUCGGACGCCCGCCGUCACCUCGACCUCCCGCAAUCGUACAUCGGCAAUGCCGUCUACCAACUCUCCGUCUCACUCGACCUGGGCAAGCUCCUCGACCCACGCUCCGGCCUGCAGGAAGCUGCCGGGGCGGUCCGCCGUGCUAUCACGGCCGUCAAUCCCACUCUCGUGCGAAGCAUCAUGGCUGAGACGAACAAGAGGUGGGUGGACUGGGCGUUUCUGGGCAGUUACUCGUCGACUGGAGUGGCCAUGGGGACGGAUUGGACGAGCUCACCGCUGUAUGACCAGGACUGGGGGACGGUAUUCGGUGGAGUCCCAGCUACUUACAGAUACCCAGGUGAGCCGGGGUUCAAUUGUGUCAUGCCCAAGCUACCAGAUGGAGCGGCAGAGGUGAUAGUGAGCGUCAUGAAGAACGAAGUGGACAAGUUGAGCAGCGAAGAUUGUUUCGGGAAGUAUAUCGAGCGGCAGUAG